CCCUCAGGCCUAGAUUUCGACUGUACUGGCCAAGAUUAUUUCUCCACUGGCCACCAGUUCGACUCGCUCUACCAAGAAUUGGACCUAGACUCUCUUAACGAAGAUCCUUCUUCUCAGCCCAUGCCAGGCGCCAUGACAGAGACCGCUGAGGGCACGUAUGAAUCCCACCCGACUGCCCAACCAGGGCAUCUCACAGAGGCCGAGCAAGAGGAGCUCAUAUCCGCGCUCACUCAUUUGGAGGCGGAAAUUGUCACCCUUCGCCACGCGCUGGCAGCCAAACAGAGACGCUUCGUGGAGCUCAGGAGGAAGCUGGGCCUAACGGCCUUGGUGGGGCUGAGGCAGAAUCUGUCCAAGAGCUGGCACGACGUUCAGGUCUCCAACGCCUACAUGAAACAAAAGACGUCAGCUGCCCUGUUCACCAUGGGCUCUGCCAUCUGCAGGAAGCUUGGAGACAUGAAGUCAGCCACGUUCAGAUCCUUUGAAGGUCUGAUGGGGACAAUGAAGUCCAGAGUUGCAGGUGGCAGAGAGCUGGGCAGUGACUGCCUUCCUUCUUCAGCAGAGAGUGGGGUUUCUGAGAGUGGGAACGAUCCAGUUCCUGGGAGUGGAGAUGAUCCUGUUCUGGAGAGUGAGGAUGACCUGCUCCCCUUUCUGGAGCCAGAAUGA